AUGAGUGCCCCAGAACAUUCUGGAUAUCAGCGCACCUUUAGAAUCGCCGGGCUUGCUAAUGAAAUUUUUGGAUUACGACCCGCCGCGCCGCGUCCCUGUCGCACUCGCGCGGUUCCGCAUAAGCCUGUCCCGCUCGCGUGCAGAGAUGUAAUUGUUAACGAGGAUAGACCGCCGCGUAUCCGCGCCUAUAACCCGCUUAAUCCGCGGACGCCUCGGGCGCGGCACGUGUUCCUCAGAAUCGGGUGCGAUAUCUCCGCUCUAAGAUUCAAACAAUCGGAAGUUGUGCUCGGCGCGGUGUUUCGCAAAUCGCCGAAAUUUCGACGCUUAAUUAAUCCAAACAAAGACGAUCCCCGUCAUAUUUACGACGGGGCUGCAGGCAGCCGAAGUUCCGGAGCUAAUGCCUCGCUGACGGUCCAAUUUUGUCACGGAGAAUUCGCCGAGUGCGCCGAUAGAGGGGACUUAGCCCCGCCGGGAGAUCCAUUAGGGGAGCGUGACGUGAAGGGCAUAAGGAGGCCUAUUGCAGAUCCAAAGGGCUACAGACACGACGAGCCUAAAAAUGGAACUGAAACGCUUUUAAUUAGGGACCUC